AUGGAGGGAAUGAAACAUAAAGAUUAUCACGAUGAAGAGUUUGAUCAUCAUUUGAUUAUAGAAACAUAUGUUGGUCGUGAUAAGACGGAUACCAAAGAAGAACUUUUAAUCUCUUCAAUGCAAAAAGUAUUUCAGUGUUUGUGUUCAGGUACGGUGAAAGGAGAAACUCUGAUAGACCUCACAAUUGGUGCAACCUUUUGUCAGUUGAUGAUUAUGUCCGAUUUCUUUAAGGAAAUCACCAUUUUAGACUCAUCAGAUCGAUCGCUUAAGGAAAUGGAAAAAUGGCUGAAUAAGGAGCCAGGAGCUGUAGACUGGUCUCAUGCUGCUGAGAUUUCACGUGAAAUUAAGGGUGUGAGUGAACUCUUGGAAGCCGAGGAAGAGAAAGUCAGAAGAAUUGUUAAACGUUGUUUAAAAUGGGAUCCCACCAAUGACAAUCCACUGGGUUCCGUCGUACUGCCUCAAGCAGACUGUGCGUUCAGCGCCUGGUACUUUGAUAUCGCCUGUAAAAAUCAUGAGAGUUAUCGCAACAGCUUUAGAAAAUUCUCAUCCCUUGUGAAGGUGGGAGGUCACCUCAUUAUGUUUGCCUUUUUCAAUGCGACCUAUUAUACGAUUGGUGAUCACAAGUUUUCAUUCCUAAACUAUAAUGAAGAUUUUGUGAAGGAAGUUCUCCAAGACAAUGGGUAUACCUCUGUGAUUUUUGAAGUAUACGAAAGCAAAUUAGACACUCACUUAAUGGAUCAUGAUCAUAUUGGGUACAUUGUAGCUCGUAAGGAAAGAGAGAAUUAA